CUUUAAAGAGACGGACAAGGCCAGGGAGAAUUCCCGUUGAAACCCUAGCGGGAGCCAUGGAUGCGAGCUCGCCGGCGCCGACAAUGGAGGAGCUGACGCCGGUUAGCCGGCCUCCGAAGCGCCUCAUCUUCGACCGGCGCUACGGUUGGGUGUAUGAUGAGUGGAGAGACCCAUCGGAAGUCGCCCUAGCUGGAGGGAGAGGAAUGUUUUGCAUUGUACCGAUUGUCAAAGCAUUUCUGAGUGUUUCUUCACAAUUGAUCAAUGCUGCCACUGAUUCUGCAGUGAGAAAUCUUAGAAACCGAAAUCAUACGCCUCAGACAAUUCAUGCAAAUUUGUGCACCCAGUUUCAGAAACUCUUGCAAUCCAUACAAACCCUAGUUUCAAGACGUCGAUUUCCUAAACAAAUCUCAAAUAUGACUGAAUCCCACAAGUCUUGAGCCAAAUGGAGUUGCUUUUGUACUGUGAGAUGAUAUUUGUAUUGAUAUUCAUAGUGUUGGCCUAAUGAGAAUGUAGUAUGUUAUAUAGAUUCAGCUUGUUUUAUUAUUAUAUAAUGUCUAAAUUUUGUCAGGUUUAUCA